CUUCAUCUGCCUCCUCGCUGCAGUGCUGCGCGUGAGCCGCGUGUCACACACCUCACAGUUAACUAGUUAUUUUCCUUCAGCCGCAACACGGAUGCAAUAACCGGAGGCUUCACUUUCGCCUUUUAAAAAGAAAAGCAGAAUCAACGCGUUUAGUUGGAGCUGCAGAGCCAGGCCUCAAACUGACUGACUUCAGCAUGGGCAUUGAGAGUCAGGGCCCCCUGCGCCCUGCAGGAAACCUGACGCCAAAGCAGGUCAAGACAUUUCAGAAGGUGGAGCCCAAAGCGCUGGGGUCCAUUCAGAUCAUCAUCGCAGUCUUGUGCUUGUGUCUGAGCAUCACCAUUCUCCAGCUCUAUGAAGAGGUUCACUUCUCUCCUGAUGUCAUUGUUGUGGUAGUGAUCGUUGUUCAGUUGCUUGUGUCUGGAUCCAUUUUAAUCCAUGCUGGACGGUUCCCGUCUCUGUUCUGGGUGAAAGCCACACUGGUGUCUCACCUGGUCAGUGCAGCGUUCUCCACUGCUGUUCUUGGGCUGCUGUCCCGUCACCUGCCGUACCGUCAGGACACGUACCACUGUGAGCACUGCAGGAGACUGGAGAUCUACGCUGUGCAACAAUAUUGUUACAGGAAGUGCACUUAUACUGUCGAGAGAAAUUGUAAACUCUUGAUCGAUGGCUUCUUGGCCACGCUGGUUCUGUUUCUGGUGGUGGAGUUGGUGAUCUGCAUUGUAACCAUCUUGUUUGGACUCAGUGCUCUGGCUAAAGGUGGUGUGCAGCUUCCUAGCUUUAGACAGCGUGCUGCCCCAUCUGAGCCCGAGGCCGUCACCCCUAGCCAACCUCAGGUGGAAGUGAUGGUGUCAGAGGUGGAGCCAAUGCCUAAGCUUGAACCUGAACCCAAAUCUGAACCGAUAGAAGAAAUCCCCAGCCCUCCCACUGAGCCUCAAGUGGCACCCAUUGACUCUUUAACAGACGUUUGAUGCUUUCUGCUCAUGUAAUCUGUAUGUAUAUUGUAGAGAUGAGUGAGAUUUAAGCAGCAAGGGUUUUUUAAUUAUAGUGAUGUAUGAAAUCAACAUGAUAGGGUUUUGUAAAAUAGGCCAUUAUCAUCAUACUUAAAAAAGAAGGUUCAUCCAAAAAUAGAAAUGCAUUUUGCUCCCUCAUGUUGUUCCAAACCCAUGACUUUCGAUUACACAUUAUUUUUAAGUGUCUUUGAAUGUAACCUGACUUUCUUUGAUACAAUGAAAAUGAAUAGGGACCAGGACAAAAAAUCUCCAUAAAAGCGAAAAACGACAGUGGUUCCUAUAUCUUGUGGUCUAUUUCAAGUCUUUUGAAGUCAUACAUUUAUGUCAUGCAUUACAAAUAUUGCUUGACUUCUGUGAUCACCUGUUCAUGUUAUAAAAAAGAUACAUUUAGACAUUAUGUAAGCAUAUUAUGUAAGCAUUUUGUAUUCCACACCUUUAAAGAAACAUUUUUAAAAGCUGUAGGUUUCAAAAGACAUCAGAGUGAUUUUUCAUUUUUAACAUUGUAUUACCUGCAGAGUUUCUUCUUGUCUGACAGCUGAAGACUCACAGUGUUUGCAAAGAAGCACACUGAUCGUCUUCAAAUAUUCAGGGUCAAAACUUAACCCUAAAUUUGAAACAAAAUUAAUUUAACCCGAACCACUAAUUUCACCUUGCUUGUUUUAUCUGUUAUUGUCAACUUUAACUUUAACUUUCUUGCAUCUGUUUGAAUAAUGAAUUGUGAUUGGUGCAUGCUUGCAUUCUUCCUUGCACUUAGUCAUUCACGCUGUGUAUGUAUUAAUCAAUUACACUGUGCAGUGUAUAUUAUAGUGUACAUUUUAUUUGCACUGAAUCAAACCGAUGUUUAGAUUUUAGGCUUUGGUUCUGUGUGAAUGAAAUUUUGCACAGGCCAUAAAAAAAAAAGAGUUGAAUUUGAACAUUGUGAUUUCCAGGCCUGGAAAGGUCAUAGAUUUUUUUUUUUUCAUAAUAAUGCACAAAUCUAGAAAUAUUCAAGGUGCAGUCUCUAUAAAAUGUCUCUUUUAUGUAGUAACAAUAAAAAAAAAUCAUUUAAAUGAAUUGAUCAAAGUGCAUGGGAUGCUUGACAAUUAAUUUGCUGCCUUGCAAACUCUGCUGUUUUUGCAGGGUCUAUCAGAAUAAAGUACAUGGUAAAAAAAAAAAUUACAUUAACGAAUGCAGAAAGAUCAUAGCAUGUUUGGUGUAAAUGCUGCAUGUCUUGCAGGGAGAAAAAAAUGUGUGUGAACAAUGCAAGCAUGCAUAGUUGGAUCCAUUUAAUGCAAAAAAGCUUAAAAUGAUUGUCAGCUGUCAUCUACAACCAACAAACUAUAGUGCGGGUAAUAUCAUGUUAACUCAAUCUGCAAUAGUAAAUACUUCCACUGAGAUAACUUACUAACAAACAAAAUUCUCUUUAUGUUAACAUACGUUACAUAAUGUAAAAUAUUCCCACAGUUCGUUUGGCCUCUUGAGUGUUAGUAAUGUGUGUAAUCUGAUAACACAAUAUCUAUAUAUCUCCAUGCUCACAAGAGAAUGAAUAAAUAGUACCAGUAUCUUAGAGUAAUAUGCAUAAAAGUUGGGCUUGAUCUCUUACAUCCCAUUAGAGAGAAAACGUUGUGUUCACUGUUAAUAUCAAACAGUGGCAUGAAUUAGCUCCCUGUAGAUAUGAUGUAUAUUCCUGAUUAAUGUCAUUGGUGCUAGUACACUAGUUCAUCUAAAUAAAUAAAUACAUUUCAGUGCAGGAUGAGGUUUUGUGUGUGAGAAACCAUGCUUUCAAUUAUCAAUAGAUGAGUGAGAGAGAUAGGAUAACCAGGUUUAAUUGGAGAGAGUUCGAAAAGCGCUUUUAUGUGUCAUCUUUAACCCUUUGGUUGCUUGUCAUUGUUGUUUCACAAAGCUUACUGUAAUAGUUCAGCUAAGAGUUAUUAUUGUUGUGUGUUACUCACUCACCAGACUCACAGAUUGUAUUGUUUAGCAUCUCUCAAUGAUCUGAAUUUGGUACAAUACAGUCCUAAUCCAAGGAACAUUUUAUUAGAGAUCUGAAAACCAAAGUAUUUUGUUUCUCUUAUACUGUUUAUUUACUCUUGUACCUCUUUUACACAACAUCUGUGUAUUUCCUGCCCUGUGCACACGUCACUUCUUGUUUAAUUGUGAUUUUGAGCAUGCUGCUGUGAGUUUCCACUAUUCACAUUGUAGCACAUUCUCAUAGUGUUUGGAGUGCAGUGUAUUUUAGGUGCUGAAUGGACUUAUUAAACCACUUUUAUGCACCAAU